UGUUACUCCGAUCAAAUGCUCAUUGGGAUCAUACUGUCUUAUUCUUCCUGUUUCCUUCUUUGUUGAAUUCUGGAAAGUCCGUUAUUUCGAGGAAGGAACAAAACUUCAGAAGAUCAAAGCUGAUGAUCCGUUCAUUCCAACAAUUUUUUCCUCUAGUGAUGAUCUAAGCUUGUUCUAUUCAUCAAUAUAUAAUUAAUAUAAACCCCAAAUUUUCAGUGUGUACCAAAAGAAUUGAAAAUCAAUCGAGCUGAACUCAUAAGGAUGUAAGGGCAUCAUUUUAUCAUCACAAUUAUUGUGUUUGCACAAAUUAGGUCAGGUGGAAUAAACAACCAUUUUUGUUCUGAUGGAAAAUGGGAAUAAUUUGUCUUCUCCAUUGCGCUUUGCCUCAUCAUCUUCCUUGUCAGACGGGAGCAGCAGUGAUGGCCCACAUGAGGCAACCAGUAACCCUGAUCUGUCGAAUUUGAGCACUGGACUGGAGAAGCUGUUGAUAAACACUGAGUUUGAGUACUACACUGAUGCGGAGAUAAUUGUGGAAGGAGUUUCUGUUGGCGUGAACAGGUGCAUAUUGGCGGCAAGGAGUCAUGUUUUUCAUGAAAUUUUCAAAACCGCAAAGGCCAAAGGGAAGGCUGCUAAGUUUGUACUAACUGAAUUGUUGCCCCGUCCGGGUUGGGUUGGUUAUGAAGCUUUUAAGGUUUUCUUGAGCUAUUUGUAUACGGGGAAGCUAAAGCCGUCCCCUCCGGAGGUUUCACAAUGUGUGGAUGACUCUUGUGCUCAUUUUGCCUGCCGUCCCGCCAUCAUUUAUGCUGUUGAGCUCAUGUAUGCUUCUGUUACUUUCCAAAUGAAAGACCUUGUCAUGGUUCUGCAGCGUGGUCUUAUCAACUUUAUUGAUAAGGCGCAAGCUGAAGACUUGAUUCCAAUCCUUAUGGUGGCCUAUCACUGCUCACUGAGCCAACUUCUUGAGCACUCCAUCCAGAGGGUGACUCUUUCUGAUCUGGACAAUUUCUCUCUCGAGAAAGAACUUCCAGUUGAAAUCUUCAACAUUGUCAAAGUCCACAGACUCAAGUCUGAACAACACACUACACAAGUGGAAUCUCUCAAGGUCAAGGGAAUCAGAAGAAUCUUAAAGGCUCUAGAUUCCGAUGAUAUUGAAUUGGUCAAACUCCUCUUAGCAGAAUCCUCCACGGUCACGCUUGACGAUGCAUACGCUCUUCACUACGUGGUCGCGUACUGUAAUUCCAAGGUUGUGAUUGAGAUACUUGGGCUCCGUUUGGCUAAUCUCAAUCUUUUUAAUGCACGUGGGUACACCGCCCUUCAUGUGGCCGCUAGGCGUAAGGAUCCAUCAAUCAUAGUUGGGUUAUUGAAGAAUGGAGCAUCUGUGUGGGGUGCUUCACAGAAAGGGCAGGAUGUUGUUGCGAUAUGUCGAAGGGUGACCCGUGCUAAGGAUUAUUACGAGCUUGUGAAACAAGGGCAAGAAACAAAUAAAGACCGGUUAUGCAUUGACGUGUUGGAGAGAGAGAUGAGGCAGAAUCCGAUGGCUGGGACUAUGUCUAUGUCGUUGUCUACCAUGGCUGAUGAAUUGCUUAUGGGGCUUUGCUUACUUGAAAAUAGAGUGGCCUUGGCAAGACAAUUGUUCCCACGAGAGGCCAGACUAGCUAUGGAACAAGCCCAUGUGGAUUCAACCUUUGAAUUUGCUGGCCUUUCAUCAACAGAUGGGUCAUUUGGAAAUCUGAGAGGUGUAGAUUUGAAUGAAUUACCAUCUGACCAAGUCAGGAGACUCGAGGAGCGUCAUGAAGCUCUCCAAAGGACUGUGGCUACUGGACGGCGUUUUUUCCCAAACUGCUCAGAAGUUUUGGAUAGGUUUCUGGAAGAUGACGUUCUUGAUUCAUUGAUGCUAGAAAGCGGCACGCCCGAAGAACAGAGCUUCAAGAAGAUCCGAUACAUUGAGCUCAAGGAAGAAGUGAAGAAGGCCUUUGUCAAAGACAAAGCUCAUUGGUCCGCCUUCUCAUCACCACCUUCUGCUGCUCCUUUAACUCAAGUCAAGUGUAGCGCAACUCCAAGAGUCAGGAAAAGAAUCAAAAGAUAGGUCAGGUUUGGUGUGCAACUCUUAUUUUGUAAAUACACAACGAAACUUGUGUACAUAUAAUACAAAUUUACCCACAUUAUCAUCAUGAAAAGUUAGAAUUGUACACUUGUAAGUAUACAUAUUUUAAGGCUUGGGAUUUCCUUCUGAUCUUCAUAGGACCUAUAUGUCAAGAUCUUGUACUUACCUUUGUUAUUUCAUAUGUAGCCCAUGGAGUACGAACUCUUCAACCAUAUUUUAUGUGUAAGCUUAUUUGAUUGAAGGCCACUAACUUUCUGAAGGCUAUAGAACAGUAAUCCAAUUAAACAGUUCUUUCUCAUU